GGCGCAUCUUGCUGUGGUCCAAAAUGUCUACCGCCGAAGAACUGUUGAGAGAUUUUGAAGACGACGAGGAGGAUUUGCAGGAGGGAGAGGGACAGGGUCUGGAAGAGCAUGUGGACGAAGAGGAGCAAUACCAGCAGCAGCAGCAGCAGCAGGCUGCGCCGGCAGAGAGGAACGAGUUCGACGUCGCCGUAUCGACUGGAGACGAAUUAACACGGCUACACAAAGUGCUUCGCGAUCACUACUCGAUCAGAUUCCCAGAGCUCGAAACUCUAGUCACGAACCCGAUCGACUACGCCAAGACGGUUGCGAUUCUCAAAAAUGGCCCGCUGAACGAUAUCAAGGCCCUGUCGUCCUCAUCCGACAACAUGGUGGGCGUGCCUCUCAAGUCAGUGCUGGACGGCCCGUCCUUGAUGGUGGUCACCGUGGAGGGGACUACAACGCGAGGGCGCGAGAUGACCGAGUCCGAGCUGAAGCUGGUGCUCGAUACAUGCGAACGGAUCCUGAAGCUCGACCGGGAGCGGACGGCCCUUACGGAAAGCAUCCAGUCGCGCAUGAGUCAGAUUGCGCCCAAUCUGGCGGCCUUGAUCGGUCCCGAGACAGCCGCUCAGUUCCUCAACCAGACGGGUGGGCUGCGCGAGCUCGCCAAGAUCCCUGCGUGCAACCUGGCCGCGCAAGGUUCAAAAAGGACGGAAGGUCUUGGAUUCGCGAACAUCGGCAUCCGAACUAAGGGUUUUCUCUACAACUCGCCCAUGAUACAAGACAUUCCGGACGACCUGAAGCGACAGGCUAUUCGCAUCGUUUCAGCCAAGAUGGUACUCGCCACCCGGGCGGACGUGUCGAACUACAGCCCAGAAGGCACCUUGGGAGAGGACUUGAAGCAACAGUGCUUUCAGCGCCUCGAAAAAUUGACAGAGCCCCCUCCAAACGCCAACGCCAAGGCCCUCCCUACACCGGACGACAAGCCGUCGCGAAAGAGAGGCGGACGCAGAGCCCGAACAGCCAAGGAAGCCGUCGCCAUGACCGAGCUCCGCAAAGCCCAGAACCGCGUCGCAUUUGGCAAAGAAGAAGCAGAAGUUGGAUACGGCGCCGGCGAAGGAACAGUUGGCCUGGGCAUGCUGGGCCAGCAAGACGACGGACGAAUCCGAGCGACCCAGAUCGACCAGCGGACGCGCGCCAAGCUCAGCAAAUCCAACAAAGGAUGGGGCACCGCCACCCCUGCCAGCGGUACCGCUUCGUCGCUGCGCGGAUUCAACUCCGGGGCGUCGGGCACCGCUAGCGUUCUACAAGCUAGGGGCCUUCGCACCUCUGGGAUUGGCACUUCGCUGGGCGGCUCCGGCACGGCGAGUACGAUCGCGUUCACUCCUGUGCAGGGCCUUGAGCUCGUCGACCCCAACGUGCAGGCUGAACUAAGCCGGAAGCGCAAGGCUGAGGAGGAUAGGUGGUUCAAGUCGGGCACAUUUACGCAGGUUGGCGGCCAGAAUAGCGGCAACCGGGGAGAAAGUGGAGGUUUCAAGGUGCCGGCGUUGCCUCCGAAGAAGAAGGUCGACACUGGUGAGGGCAAGAUGGGGCCGCCUGCACCGCCGUCCAAAUAAUCUUCUAUCUGUUAUGCUGAGCAUUCAAGGCGUUUGGUUUCUUUUGUCUUUUUUAUUGUCUCUCUUUCGCAGAAUAGCAU